GACGAGUUGCUUUUACACAGCUGCUUGUGUUGUUUGUAUUCAUGUUUCUAUAUAGAUUUGGGUCCCCCACCUCACCUCACCUCUCUGCCUCUCCAUUGCGGAAACUGUGCCAUCGUUGACAGCAUCUGUGAAAUCGGGAAGGAAACCCAAACAAGGAUAUGAGAGAGGGAGAGAGAGAGAGAGAGUCUUUCUUUUUCCCUCACUUUUUGUAAGCAGAAAAGCUCACCUUUUCUGCCCCUCUCACGUGCACCGUAUCCUUCUCUCUCUAUAUUUACCUUUGUAACAUUUUAACCCUCCCUCCCUACUUCUUUCUCUCUUUCUCUCUCUCUCUCAAGUUCUAGAGAAAUGAGUUUGCUAUAUAAGUGAUAGAUUGAAUUAUUAAAAUGCAAUUGUCUAAAAUAUUGGGUUGUUCAAGUUUCAUUUGGAGCUAAAGUUAUAGUUUAGAUAACACUUCAAAGAAAAAUGACCCUAGAAGCACUAUCUUCCAAUGAUUUCUUGAAUUUUAUUAUCUAUGACACCAUUUCGGCAACUCCUUAUGGUAGCCAGGACUCUUUAGAGACAAGUCUCUUGUGGGAAAGCAGUUCGAGAUCUCAGGACCAUGGUAGAGCUCUGAGCAGCUGUUCACUAAUGACUCGACAAAGGCGCUCAAGGGAACCUGAAUCUGUCGACUGGAAGCAGAAUUUGGCUGUGCAGGGAAGAAAGAAAAGAAGAAGAAAGCCAAGAGUAUGCAAGAACAAAGAAGAAGCUGAGACUCAAAGAAUGACACACAUUGCUGUUGAGAGGAAUAGGCGAAAACAGAUGAAUGAAUAUCUGGCCGUUUUGAGAUCUCUCAUGCCUGAAUCUUAUGUUCAAAGGGGCGACCAGGCCUCCAUAGUAGGUGGUGCCGUAGAGUUUGUCAAGGAGUUAGAGCACCUCUUGCAUUCCCUUGAAGCUCAAAAGGUCCAACUACUACAUGGGUUGAAAGGACCCAGUGAAGAUACCAGCAUUAGCACUGGAACCUCUAAAUCCCAGUUUCCACCCCCUUUUGCACAAUUUUUUGUGUAUCCUCAGUACACUUGCUCUCAAAUGCCUAACAAGUAUACAUCCAAGGCUAAAGCAUCAAUAGCUGAUAUUGAGGUCACUUUGAUAGAAACCCAUGCAAAUCUUCGGAUUCUCUCAAGAAAAAGGCCAAGACAGCUCUUCAAGUUUGUUACUGGAUUUCAAACACUUUACCUUACCAUUCUUCACAUCAAUGUGACUACUAUGGACCCAUUGGUUCUCUAUUCAAUCAGUGCCAAGCUUGAAGAAGAAUGCCAACUCACUUCUGUGGAUGACAUAGCAGGAGCAGUACACCACAUGCUUAGAAAAAUUGAGGAAGAAACUACUCUAUUUUGAUAAGGCCAUUAGCUGCCCAAAAUGCCCUUUGGUUUGCGGAAAAAUCACCAGAGUAGCACCGACUUGUUAAUUUGUCUGUUGCAAUGAAGUUUAUGAUGUUCUUUUGUGCAGCCACAGAAUACACAUGAGCUGUGUUUGGUAA